UCGAACUGAUAUGUCGCGCGUAAUGACAGCAAAAACGGCUUCCGUGUUCAGUCAGUAGUGACUCGUCUUUCACAGCGACCGUGUACACGUACUGUACUGUAGCCUCGCUCCUCUGUGCAGCGCUCGCGCGUCAGUUAACUACCGAGAUGUCAACAUCAACUGCGAAAGCAAUCGGGAAGAAAAAGAGACCAAUCCUACGGGCUGCAUCAUUUAAAGAAGCUAGCAUUAAUCCGUUUGAGUAUGAUUACAGCACUCUCAAGUUCUCGAAGUGGCAAAUAGCGAAGAUUGUUUUGAAUACAGUUCUGUUGCUUCCCAUCCGUGUUGUUCUUUCUCUUUUUUUCUUGUUGUUGACGUGGUUGAUAUCUCUACUGAUUCUCGUCGGUUUGAAAGAUGGACUACAGAUAUGCUGUGGAUGGAGACGUUUUCUUUCUCGAAUUCUGGUUCGUCUUUGUCGUUAUGCUCUCGUUGCAUUUGGAUUUUGGUGGAUUAACGUAAAAGGCAAACGAGCAAGCAGAGAAGAGGCACCAGUGAUCAUUGCUCCUCUUCAUUCAUCAUACAUUGACUUUUUGGUUGCUGGUAUUGUGAGUGACUUUGUACCAUGUGGAGUGCACAGAAGGGAAAAUGGAAAUAUUCCUUUGAUAGGAACUCUGGUAAAAGCAACGCAGCAGAUACUGGUAGAUCGUGAUAUAACUGGUUUGAAUGAUGAAGCAGUGAAAUCAAUUACAGAUCGUGCAAGGGAUAACAGAUGGCCACAUAUCUUUAUAUUUCCUGAAGGUGUGUGUACAAACAGAAAGGCUCUAGUAACAUUCAGGAGAGGUGCUUUUGUAGCUGGUUGUCCAGUGCAGCCUGUUCUGUUUCAUUACAGAAAUAAAAUGGAUACAACAACAUGGACAUGGACAGGCCUGUCAGCACAUUUCUCUUUCUAUUUGACACUUUGUCAGUUUGCAAACUACUUGGAAAUUGAGUACUGUCCAGUCUACACACCGUCAAACCAGGAAAAGGAAGAUCCUAUUUUGUAUGCCAACAAUGUUAGGAAUGUAUUGGCCAAGAAACUGAACUUGCCAACAUCUGAUCACACAUUUGAAGAUAUUCGGCUGAUGACAUCAGGCACUCGACAUUCACUACCAUUUAAUGCUGGUAUUGUAGAAUUUGUCAAGCUGAAAGAUCGCCUACAUAUGGACUUGAAUGACAUGAAAAGGCAUCUUAGUCAGUUUGCUGAGAUUGAUGAAAACAAGGAUGGAUAUGUGGACAUUGAAGAGUUUUGUCAGUAUCUCAGUCUUCCUGUCUCUUCACAGUUGAGAGAUGUGUUCAGUCUCUACGAUAGAAAUGGUGAUGGAAGGAUCAGUUUUCGAGAAUACCUUAUUAGUGUUGCUCUUAUAUGCGAUCCUGCCAAUACAGACGAGACUCUACGCUUUGCUUUUCAGACGGUUGAUAUUAAUGGAGACGGAUUUGUUGAUCGUGACGAGUUGAAAUUAAUUCUUUGUGCAGCCUUUGAUGGUAUUAAAGAUGAGCAUGUUGAUGAGAUAUUUAGGGAAGCCGACAAAGAUGGUGAAGGGAAGUUGUCUUAUGAUGAGUUUGCACAGUGCUGCUCGAAACGACCAGAAUAUGCUGUCUUAUUUAAAGUUCGAGGUGUGCAUGGUGAACUUGUGGAUGCUCUGGAAGCUGCUUAUGAACACCAGAAACUUGACUAAUCAGGUUUACUGUCAGAUUUCAGAUGAUAUGAAUUUAUCCACUGAACUGACUGUAAGAGUGAGUGAUGCAGCUGCUGACAGAUAUUAUGUUUGUCAUUUAUCAAUGCACUGAAAGAAUAGCAAUAGAAGCUGCUUUGUUGGUCAAAUUAGUUUUCUGAGCUGAUAGUCACGUUUUCUUUAUUUUAUAUACAGACCAUCAAUACAUCGAUCUAU